GAGGUAUGUUUCAGCCGGUGCAGCGGGAAGCCUGAAGGAGCAAUACAAAGUUUGGAAGGUAAAAAUAUGGAUUCAAAGUAAGUACCAGAGUAUUGCUUUAUACAUUGUAGUACGAGGAGAAAGUAUAGUAUUUCUUUUCGUUGUCAGGGAAAAUAGUUGCUGAAAAGGAAAGAACAUAAAAGCGGUUUGAGUGAUGGAAUUGGAGUUUGUUCUUGGACUUCAUUGGUAAAAUGGAAGUGUAAAGGGUGUAGUGGUGAACUACCAGUUAUGUGUUGUAGCUUGUUAAUGUCAUUCUAAAGAAUAGCUUGGUUUAAAAAUCUGGUUUAAUCUCCAGCAGGAUGUGAUCUUUAUAGCCUGUUAUCAGGAAUUUUAUUGCCACUAGUUUCUUUUCUUUUGUGGAGGAAGUUCUGUUUGUUAGCAACACAUGAAUGUCAGAGGAACUUACGGAUGUAUGGAGACAGAGAUUGUUGAUGAGUAAAUGAAAACUUUUGUGUCUCUGCCUGCAGCAGGUAAAAUGAAAUCAGGCCCUGUCAAAUGGUUAGAGUGCAGUUCUCUAUAAACACUGCUGAAGCCCAGUCACCUUUGCUAGGGCUGUGUGACUCCGGUCUUACAGCAGGGAUACACUAUUAGGAGGUAGUUGUGUGAUUGAUCUGUCUGGCAGGUCCACAGAUGAGCAACCUUGUGUGACUUGCACUGAAACUUUUUGUACCAGGUGUGAAGUCUUUUUCUGCUUACACUAAGGCAGUAAAAUAGUAACCUGUUAAACGAUUACUUUUCUAUGUUUACAAUUGCCUUGUCCCAUUAUAUUUUAAGAGAACCAUUUGAAGAAGUUUAUGACCUCAGAGUUUUGUUCUUUGUUGGCCUCUCAUUUUUUUCCUAGUAGAUAUUUCUGCCAGCAUACUUAGCGUGAUCAGUUAAAUAGUAGUUAUAGUGUUUGGGAUAUCUGUGACAUAGGAGAAGUGGGGUUUGGGAUCACCCUGAAAUAGGCCUCUUACUGCUGGAAGAAAGAUUCACUCCUACUGUAAGCUGCCUGUGCCCACCUCUUUUUCUUCUUACCUUUCUUCUCCCACUGGAGCUAUCAACAGCUCAUUUCAACCAAACAUGAAAUUAGUGACAAGCAGUUGUUUUGAAAUAAGAGUUCAGCUGACAUAACUAAUGAGCCACAGCUGUAAGGGGAGUCCCACCUUUAGUCCCUGCCUUUAUGCUCUUACUGCGUCAGAUUCAUCCUACGUAGCAGUUUUGUGGCCACAGGGUGAAUUAAUAUUCUCUGUUGGACCAGCUGUUUUUCAGAGCAGGUUUUCUGAUGGAUCAGCCACCUGAACCAUUGCUCUGUGACUACAAGGUCUGAUUAGAGGGAGGCAGGGACCUGCAGCUUUGGGUGGGAGACUGGAAGAGAGUGUAGGGUUGCACUUUCCCUAACCUCUGCAACCUCAGAGAGGAGAUCAGCAAUUAACAAUGGCAAAGUAAAGAAUUUGCCACGUUGUGACUGAAGGUAUAAGGAAAAAAGCCUACAAGGGAGAUCAACUCAGCAGCGUAUCUUCCACGUUUGUUAACAGCCUAUCAUCGCAUGGCUUUGGGAGGAGCUUUGUAAUCCGUUCUGAAGAACAAAUAACGUUGUCAGAAGUGCAUAACUGUGUUGCCUAAAAUUUGAUACAAGCUGUUGAGUAGAUGGCUCAGCUUCCUCCUGGGAUUCGCUUCAUCACUUCAUUUUCACGGGAUCAGUGGUACAGAACCUUCAUUUUCUCUCUCACUUUCUUGUUGUAUGCCAGCUUCCAUUUAUCAAGGAAACCUAUCAGUAUAGUUAAGGGAGAGCUGCAUAAGCAUUGUGCUGCUUCACAUGAAGUUGAACUCAACUCAUACAAAGAAUAUGCUGCCCAGAUUCAGUCUGUCAAAAAGCCAUCUAAUGUAUCUCAGUGCGGUUGGGAGCCAUUUGAUAAGAACAACUACAAACAGUUACUGGGAGCACUGGAUUACUCAUUUCUGUGUGCAUACGCAGUUGGGAUGUAUUUAAGUGGACUAAUAGGAGAACGGCUACCUAUCCGGUACUAUCUGACAGUUGGGAUGCUGGCUAGUGGACUCUUCACUGCGAUGUUUGGAUUGGGUUAUUUCUGUAAUGUACAUAAUCUGUGGUUUUACAUAAUGGCCCAGAUAGCUAAUGGGUUGGUGCAAACUACUGGCUGGCCAAGUGUCGUUACAUGUAUUGGCAACUGGUUUGGAAAAGGAAGGAGAGGCUUAAUCAUGGGAAUCUGGAAUUCACACACUUCAGUGGGAAAUAUCUUGGGAUCCUUAAUUGCUGCUUAUUGGGUGUCUACGUGUUGGGGUCUCUCCUUCAUAGUGCCUGGUGUUAUCAUUGCUGUGAUGGGAAUUGUUUGUUUCCUGUUUCUUAUUGAACAUCCUAAAGAUGUAAGUUGCUCCUGCACACUAUCCAGUAGUUCUAAAGCCUUCCUGAAUGGUGCAUCUCGAUUCAGAGUCCCGAUGCCAAACUUGAAUACUAAGGAAACCAGUAAACCUCAGGAUCCAGAGAUGCAGCAUUUACUUACCGACAAUGAAAACAGUAGUACAUCACUGAACCCCAGCACUGUGGUCACUGGGGAAGGCAGACACAGGACAGCAGCUAUCAGCUUCUUUGGGGCCUUGCGAAUACCUGGAGUCAUAGAGUUCUCCCUCUGUCUUCUGUUUGCAAAGCUGGUGAGCUAUACUUUCCUCUUCUGGCUUCCUCUCUAUAUCACCAAUGUAGAGCAUCUUGAUGCCAAAAGAGCUGGGGACCUUUCUACACUGUUUGAUGUGGGUGGAAUCUUUGGUGGAAUUUUGGCAGGCCUGAUUUCAGACAGGCUGGAGAAGAGGGCAUCAACCUGUGGAAUGAUGUUAUUGCUUGCAGCACCCACAUUGUACAUGUUCUCUGCAGUCAGUAAAAUGGGCCUUGAGGCUACCAUAGUGAUGCUGCUCAUUAGUGGUGCCCUGGUGAAUGGCCCUUAUGCUCUGAUCACCACUGCUGUUUCUGCUGAUUUGGGUACCCAUAAAAGCCUGAAAGGGAAUGCAAGAGCCUUGUCCACAGUUACAGCAAUCAUCGAUGGAACAGGAUCUGUAGGUGCAGCUUUGGGGCCUCUCUUAGCUGGUCUUAUUUCCCCAUCUGGGUGGAACAACGUCUUUUACAUGCUUAUGAUGGCAGAUGCAUGUGCCUUGCUAUUCUUACUUCGUCUUAUUCAGAAGGAGCUUCGGUGUAAUGCAGAUCAUACCCUGUUUAAAGAACACUGAGUGAUGCAACUAGAUUUGGAAUAAGGACUCAUCAGUGAUCAGAGCUCUUCCCUGAAAAACAAACUUCAUGGAAUGCAUUGUUCUGUAUUGAAGAGAUUCUGUUUGGUGAAGAACUUUGCACGUUUACUGGAAGCAGUGUGAAAAAUGCAGCUGGUGAAUCCCUGAAGCUCUUAUUUUUGCACAUGAAUAAGUACCUCAAGAUGGCAACUAUUCAUCAGAUGAAGAGACAGGAACUUUAGGAAGGUUUUAGCAGUGCGCCUCAACUGAGCCAAAGACAAAUACCAAGUGCCUUUUUAUUUCUUUUCAUAGGAUGUUUUUAAUUAAAAUGCCGAACUGUGUGUUUUCCAAAAACAAGUCAAACUGAGAGCGUAAGGAAGUUUAAAUCAUCACAGUCCAGCAGUGAAAAGUACCAGUGUCAGUGAGCAUAGUAUGUAUCCCUUAUGUCGUCUCGUGCACAUCAAGGGCAUCGCUUUAUAGAGGACAGUAACAGCUGGUUAUUAAGAUGCACUGUUAUUAGUAUUUUGAAGCUGCUCAGACAAUAACUUCACCAUAUGAUUAGUUUUUAACUACAGUCCUACUUCUAAUCCCAAGGACAACACCCAGCAUUUUGGUAGGCAAUGAAAUGGAAUUUACUCUUGUGGUGUUCUGCAGUUAGCAGUUUUCAUAGACUCUCUGGAUGGGUGUUAGUCCUCAAUUAGGAUUGUGCAAAAGAGUCCUAAGCAAGAAAAAGUAGGUGAUGAGUGAGAACGUUCAGUGGGGGGUGGGGGGGGCCUGUAAUAAUUUUCAGGGCAUUAUAGACCGGUUGUGCAAGCAUAACAUAAUUGUGCUGCUCCACUAGGCUGGGUUGAAAUGAGAGAGUGUUCCCUUAGGGUAGCAGAGAACUGUGAGCUGUCAUACUUGAGAGCUCUACAGGAUUGAUCAGAUGAGCUACUUUAGUGCCCGCUGACACUGUGUUCACUGUUGGGUACUCCCUGAUUUUAAUGUUGGUGUGUGCAUGUGAAUGUCAUUGUCAGAUCAGGGCCUUAAUAACCAGAAAUCUCUUUCAAGUGGCUGAUUUCAAGUGGCUCAGAAUUUCAGAUUUAGAGCCAAAAUAUUAGAAAAGAAAAAUGGCCUAGGUGGUAGGUUGUAAGAGAACAUUUCAGUAACUAGUGCUACCCAACGAACAGACAGUUUAAUGUCUUGAAAACAUAUCCUUUCUUUGUAUAGCUAUCUCCUUUGCAAAACAGAUGUUCCUGUGAUUUAUUGGUUGGGGGUUUUUUAAGAUGUACAAAGGAAAAAGGAGGGGGUUUUGUAUGAGGCAUUUAUACUCAAAUAAUGAAGGCUAGAUAAUUCAAACUGUAUUAUUAUUAACUGUAUUUAUUAAAGCUCUAGGCACAUGUCUUGUUCUGAACUAUGCUCUCAGAUUUUGUGAAACAAUGUAGUAGUCUUUACACUUGAUUAACAAAACAGCACGUUCUAAAAUAGUCCAGCAAAAUAUCGUGGAGAAAUGUCUCAUCAGCUGCUGGUGUUGUUCCAUAUGCUGGCACAACAUUUAAUUUCCAGGGCUGAUUAGUAAUUGUUCGGUCUUUGAUGAGUUACUUCACUGGUUUGAUUCAGCUCGUGCUGUAUGCUUGACUUGAACAGUACAAGAAUGUGUUCAUUUUUAACUGUUUUGUUGAAAACCACGGAAAACCUCAGUCCCACAAAGACUUAAGGAAGGCACCAAGUCCUUGCAAAUGAAUGCUGUAUGCAGGCCCCAACCCUGCAGUUCCCUAAAUGAACGGUUAACUUCAGAUUUUCAGUAAGCCUGUUGAGACCAGUAGGGAUGCUGAACAUGUGAAUUCAUACAUCUGUGCUACGUUUGGGCUUCAGGCUGUAGUUGAAUAUGACAGAAUUCUUCAGUAACGUUAUUUGGAAGGACUUCCUAUUACAGUGGCAUGGAACACUGCUCCUCACUUGGCUAGGCUGACCCUGGGGACUUAGAGCCAGACUAGGGGACUGAUGUUACCCUCUCAUGGGGGGAAGAGUAACACUGCAACCCCAAAACAGUUGUAUUGGCACACCUUCAGUGGCUGUGUGAGAAAGGAAGAAUGGGGGACUUAAGCUGAAGGUGCAGAUCCCUUUCCCCCCAAAAAGGUAUGUAGACCUUUAUACUAGUUUAUAAGAACAGUUUAAACUCUGCUGCACUCAGAUGUUGAGAGGCCCCUAUGGGCUGAAGUCUUCGGUUAAAAAGCUUUCAGUUGUAUCUAAGUUAAAGGUUGUAAAGGUAUUUAACCGUGUCUUGGGUUUUACUUGUUGGGCUGCUGCUGUUAUUUAUUUAUUUAUUUGAAUAGCUUUUGCACUGCAGUGACUUGGGUAUGGGAUGGUGACAGUGUUGGAGGUACUGGGCUGAGCCCUUUGUAGGCAGGAGUUAGGCUCUUAGUGAGUUGAUGUCUCCUUCUGUGCUAAUGUACAGCAUUUCAGUUCCUCCCAGCUAUGGAUUUGUUGGACAAAAGAUAAAGAUUUGCUUUUCUUUUUUAACAGCCCUAGAAGUCCCCUAAAAGUUGUGAAUAAACUGUGUGUUUUGUUAGUAUCGGGUGUCAGUAUCUGUUAACCUGGAAGUGAACAAGACUUGACAAAAUUUUGUAUGUAGAAAUGUGAGUGACCAGUAUGUAGAAUGAAAUUUAAGUAUGACUGUAUGACUUUGGGUUUUUAAUGCUGGUUGUUGUGAAUUUUAUCCAUUUACAGUCCUGUGUUGAAUAAAACCAGAUUCUACUUUAAAAUGGGAAA